CCCCCGUUUUCUAUAGUUAAAGUUUUACUAGCGAAUCGCCUAAAUUAAUAUUAUCAUUACAAGAUUAUGCGGUUUUGGUCUGCGCUGUUUUAAUAUUGACCGCGCCGUUUUCAGAACGUUAAGCCGGCAAUAGUUGUUAUAUUAGUUACAAUUAAUCAAGGAGGACAUCCUUUUGGAGUCCUCUAUAUCAGAAAUGACGAUCGCAGCUUUUCCGCGAUCACCAGCCGGUACUACUAACAAUCGAAUUAUCUGAGACGACAUCUACCCUUUAUAAAAAAAUUUUUACCUGUAGCAUCGACUGAAAUCAUUUUUCAGGAAAUGUGGAUAGCAACAUGGUAUUUGGGUAUUGCACUUUUCUCAUCGUACCCUGCUGGUCCAGUGUACGUUGUUGGAAAUGCCAUAGCACAGUUGACCAGCUCUGAACGGCCAAUUGUUCUUGUAAGCAAACCUCAGAAUUUAACUGUUGUUAAUGUAACUAGUCGUUCAAUUCAGUUAACAUGGGAAGCACCCCAAGAUGGUGCUGAUACAGUAACUGGUUACAGCUUGUAUUAUACACAUGAUAAUAAUACAUAUGCAAAAAAUUUACCUAAUAUACAUCAGCACACAAUAAUUGAUCUCAAACCUUUCACUGAAUACAAAAUGUAUAUAAUAGCUGUUGGUGAAAAAAGAAGAGAAGGCGAAGUUUCAGAUACAAUAAGCCAAUUUACUGAUGUUGAUGGUCCGGGACCACCUAUUAUUAUGAAUGCCACAUGUGUACCUGGAACAAGUGGUACUUCAAUUUACUUGCAGUGGUCUCAGCCAGAACAUUUCUACAAAUCUGUUGAUGAAUAUUUUAUAUCUAUUACAAAAGAAACUAAUGAGAACAUUAAAAUUAAAGUGUCAGCACCAAAAGAUAGCUUGAAUUAUGUCGUCCAAAAUUUAACAGAAAACACAAAAUAUGAGUUGAAAAUAAAUGGAGCAACAAAUAGUUACCUCACAAAAAAUUUAAUUGAAGGUCAACCAUCAGAUGCUAGAACAGUUUAUUUGCAUAGGGACUGUGAUCAUAAUAGUUGGAAGAAUAAUCCUUCAAUUGAAAAUACGAAGUCAAUUUUAAUUGGUUUAUGUUGUGUUUUUGGAUUACUUUUUAUUAUUGCAACUGUACUAUUUUGGAAAUGCCAUAAUGUGUGCAGGGUAUACUUUCAUGCUGCAUAUUAUUAUUUGGAGGAUCCACCUUGUGUUAUUAAUACUUUACCAACUUUACCAAAUUCUGAAUGGUGGAAGCAUAAAGAAGAGUCUCAGAUUAUAACUGUAGAUGAAUUUGGCAAACAUGUGACAAAUUUACAUGUAGAUGGAGAUAUUGGUUUUAGUAAAGAGUAUGAAAUUAUACAAGAAGAAUCUAUAAACUUUGAAUUUUCUACAGAUGCAUCACAAUUACCAGAAAACAAAUCGAAAAAUCGAUAUCUUAACAUAGUUCCUUAUGACCAUAGUAGAGUUAAACUAAUUGUUAACAAUAUUCCGGGUAGCAGCCAUUCUGAUUAUAUAAAUGCAAAUUACAUUGAUGGUUUUGAAAAAGCCAAUGCAUAUAUUGGUACCCAGGGACCACUUCCAUCAACAAUAAAUGAUUUUUGGCAAAUGAUUUGGGAACAGCAUGUUUAUGUUAUAAUUAUGAUCACAAAUUUAGUUGAACGAGGCAGAAGAAAAUGUGAUUUAUAUUGGCCAAAUGAAAGUGUAGAAACAUAUGGUUUUAUUCAAGUAAAAUUAUUAAAAGAAGAAAUGAUGGCUAUGUAUACAGUUCGUACUUUUCAAAUUAAUCAUACUCGAACCAAAAAGAAAAAAAAUUUAGCAUCUGGAAGAACUAUAUACCAAUAUCAUUAUACUAAUUGGCCUGAUCAUGGUACACCAGAUCAUGCACUACCAAUUUUAAGUUUUAUUAAUAAGUCAUCAGGAGCUAACCCUUCUGAAGCUGGCCCAAUUGUUGUCCAUUGCAGCGCUGGUGUAGGGAGAACUGGCACGUACAUUGUAUUAGAUACCAUGCUAAAACAAAUUAGAAGUGAAAGAGAAGUUAACAUAUUUGGUUUUCUUAAGCAUAUUAGGCAACAGAGAAAUUUCCUCGUUCAAACAGAAGAACAAUAUAUUUUUAUUCAUGAUGCUUUAUUAGAAGCAAUAAAUUGCAUGCAUGCUAGUAUAAAUGAAAAAACAUUAGCUAGUUACCUUCAAACAGAUAUUCAAGAUAGCAAAAUAGUAUCAUUCACAACUGAUUUUGAAAAACAUUAUAAAAUGAUAACAUCUUUUGUUCCUCAAGAUUAUUUAUUAUUAUCUGCCAAUAAAGCUUUCAAUAGAAUAAAAAAUAGAUCUCAAGAAUUUGUGCCCGUAGAAUAUUCUCGUGUUCAUUUAACUCCUAAACCUGGUGUUGAAGGGAGUGACUAUAUUAAUGCUUCAUGGAUAAUAGGUUUUAAACGACUAGGAGAAUUCAUAGUGACUCAGCAUCCUCUAAAAAAUACAAUAUUAGAUUUUUGGCAAAUGUUAUGGGACCAUAAUGCACAAACAGUGGUUAUUUUAACUGAUAUGAAUGAAGACCCAGAGUCAUUAGUAACAUUCUGGCCAGUUGAUUCCAAUACUACAUUAGAUAGUGAUAAUUUUAAAGUGAAAAGUGUUCAAGAAGAUAAAAUUGGAAAUGAAUAUGAAACAAGAGAUCUUGUAAUUCAGUCUAUUCAAGAUGAUUUCAUGCUACCAGUUCGAUUAAUUCAUAGCAAAUAUUCCAUCAGAGAAUUAUCUUCUUUGAUUAAAUUAUUAGAAAUUGUACAGAUGUGGCAUUUGGAGUAUCAGAAUGGUCCAAUUGUUGUUGUCGACAAGUAUGGUGGGACAGAGUCUGCCAUAUUUUGUUGUUUGACAACUAUUGGGAAACAAUUACAACAUGAAAAUUUAGCUGAUGUUACAUUGUAUGCUAAGCUUUACCAUAAUCAACGACCUGGGAUAUGGAAAAACAUUGAAAACUAUCUAUUGCUGUACCGUGCUUUAGAACUUAUGUCUGGUGGUAGUUGUUUCUCAGUAUUGCCACCAAGUGCAAUUACAAAUAUAAAUAAUGUAACCAAUAAUAGCCAUAAUUCACUAAGCCUUUCAAAUGGAAAUGCUCUCUCGCCUAAUAAACAGAAUGGGAUUUUAAUUUCACAAUAAUAACUAAAAUAUGUUGUCACAACUAAAAAAUAACAAUUUAUAACAAAAAAUUGGUAAUUUAAUUAUUUAUUAUGCCAUCUGUAAAUUUACCUCGCAUAAAAUUGUGCAAUUUUUUUACUGUAAAUUUUACUUGGACAUUUUUGUGAUCCUUACAAAAAUAUUUUAUUUCAAUUUUUUAACUAUUUUAUAAAGCAAUAAUUGUUUGUCUGCUUUUUCAACAUUUAUAAUUUUUAGACAAUAGUUCAAAUUUUUUAACAAUAAAUUUAAUUAU